AUGGCCUUCUCCUUCAAUCCUCCUGGCGGUUCCUCAUCAGGAAGCACCUCUAGCCUGUUCGGCAGCACUGCACCCAAGCCUGGCGCAACCACUGGCCCAAGUCUCUUUGGAAACACGAGCACUGCUCCCACAAGCGGUGGCUUUAGCUUUGGCAAUCCUACUGCUUCUAGUGCUGCUCCAGCCGCAAGUCCCUUUGGCGCGCCUUCUCCAACUACACAGCCUGCUGGUGCUUCCGGCUUCAGCUUUGCUUCGAAAGCUCCCGAGAAGCAGGGCAGCAAUCCCACAACUCCAGGCGUCGCUGCUACUGGUAACCCCUUCAGCGGUGCUGCUGCCUCUACUGGCGGCAUGUUCGGCAACAACUCGACCACUCCUGCUGCUGCCACGACAGGCGGCAUGUUCGGCAACAACUCGACUACGCCCGCUGCUACCAACAAGCCGAUGUUCUCCACAACUCCUGCCGGUCCUCCCCCCACUCAAUCGACCGGUGGUUUCUUUGGUGGCGCCGGCGCAAAGCCUCCUGCUGGCCUCUUCAGUCAGAAGCCCGAGGAGAAGACCGGAGAUACUCCUAAACCUGCUCCUGCUUUCGGCAGUGCUUUCGGCUCUGCUCUAGGUGGUGGUGGUGGUGGUGCUCCUUCUCUCUUUGGCGGUCAAAAUGCUGCUGAUGCCCCCAAGGCCGCUCCAGCAUUUGGUUCGGUCUCAAAGAAAGAUGAAAGCUCUUCGUCCUCUGCUGCUCCUUCAUUGUUCGCCCAGAAGUCUGCAGAAGCUGCUCCGGCAAGCAAACCCAUGUUCGGAGCUACAUCAUCAACUCCUAAGGCCGCACCUCCUGCCUUCUCUCUUACUGCUGGCACCUCACAACCGCCGGCUUCCACCCAGCCUGCAUCUGCUACAACAUCUGCACCUUCAGGUGGUCUAUUCUCUGGCAUGGGCGGUGGCUCGUCAUCUGCUGCUCCUGCUUCGACUGGCACAUCAGCACCCAUGUUUGGUGCUAAGAAGGAUGAUGGCGCUGCUAAGCCUGCUGCAAACCUUUUUAGCGGUAUGGGCCAGAGCAAGGAUGCUGCUGAGAAGCCUGCUAGUGCACUUUCAUUUGGCGGUCUAGGUGCCAACAAGGAUGAGGCUGCUAAGCCCGCUACACCGACAGGCGGUCUCUUUAGUGGCAUGGGUGCUAACAAGGACGAGACCGCAAAGCCUGCUGCACCCGCAGGUGGCCUCUUUGGUGGUCUCGGUGGCGCGAAGAAAGACGAUGGUGCAACAUCUUCAUCAGCCGCUACUCCCACAAAUGCUACCUCAGGAACGACCCCUGGCUUUUCUCUAGGCGCAAAGCCUGCCGAUUCGAGUACACCUGCCUCGACUGGAGCGUCCGCAUUCAAUCUCAAGCCCGCCGCAGGACCUACUGCAGGCAGCUCACCUGGUGGCUCGGGUCCUACGAGUGGUGGAGGUAACAACAAUAAUAAUAACAACAACAGCGGCGGUCUCACCGGUUCUGCUGGUGCUACCGGUCUCUCAAAUUCAUCGACUUCGGGUCCCGCCCCUCCUGCUACUUCGCGAUUGAACUCAAAGUCUCUGGACGAAAUCAUCACCCUCUGGACAACAUCCCUCUCUUCGCAUCAAAAGCAAUUCUCCAACCUGGCCACCAAGAUUGGUUCAUGGGAUCGCAUGCUGGUCGAGAACAGUGACAAGAUCAGCAAGCUGUACAGCCGCACUUUCCAGGCCGAGCGCGACACCGCUGAGGUUGAGCGUCAACUUGCUUCUGUCGAAGGUCAACAAGAAGAACUCAGUCAUUGGCUCGACCACUACGAGAGAGUGCUGGACGACAUGUCUGCCAAGGCUGGCGGCGUUGACAGCGGCGUUGAUGCUGAGCGCGAGAGAACUUACCGCACUGCCGAGCGCUGCUCCACUCGCCUGACUACAAUGUCUCACGACCUCACUUCUAUGAUCGAAGAGAUCAACCUCGCAUCCACAAACUUGUCCAAAUCAUCAAAGACCGCCGAGUCAGAUCCCCUCUCCCAAAUCGUUCGUGUACUCAACGCACAUCUUGGUCAAUUGCAACAAAUCGAUGUCGGCGCCGAGCAACUCAGACAAAAGGUGGAGAGCGCACAAAAGGAGGUUCGUGGCUUCGGAGGAAGAAUCGACGAUGGCGGCGUCGAAGGUUUCAUGAGGAGCUUGAGAAGAUAA